CACCCUGCAAUCAGAUUUGAAAUGACGCUCUCGUACGAUGGUCUGGCCACGCUCCAGGCGCAGACGAGCCUCCUCCUCACAUUUGAUGACAACAUGCCCAGCUACGUGCUUGGCUCUCGCCAUAGCCGCCCAGCGUGCGCCGAUGCAGACACGGGCGCUGCCGUCCUCGUCCAGCUCCAUCCCGUUCACGCACGAGCAGAGUCGAGAUUGCACUUUGGUGACCUCAUCUACAUCACGACAACGUCACCAGGCGGAGUCCAUGUCUUGUCGACGGCGGCGAUGACAAGUCGCCUCCACUGGUCAUCAAGAGGUGGCUUCCGGAAGCGUAACCUCUUUCGCCUCGCGCCAAACGAUGUGUCGCUCGAUGGUGCCAUCCAAAUGCACGAUCAGUUCCACUUGCACAGCGUGCGCUGGCCAUCGCACGUGGUGGGCUUCGAUGCCAGACGGUCCGAACUCGUGCUGCAAAAGAAGCGCCCCGUCGCCUUCUCCGCCCUCGACGCGGCCACAUACGCUGUGCGAUUGGCCAAGCUGUACCGCCGCCGUCAGCUUCGUCGUGUGGCCGUGCCUGUCGUCUAUGUCGCCCUUGGGGCAUCGCAUCAAGAAGAAGAGACAAAGGGCAAUAUUGUUCUUGCAUUUCUGAUAUCGGACUCGGUGCGAGCGAAAUAAUGCAGUAAAUUCUUGUACCAUA